AGUCAGUCAGUCGCACUCUGCACCUCCUUCAGUAAGGACUCACCUUUCCCCAGUUCAAGUGUAGUUCUGUAUGUGCUCGUAUCUCAUGGAGGGCAGGGUCACCUGUGGACUGUGGAUGGUCGCCUUUCUAAUGGGAUGUGGGCGACUCUCGGCGUUCAACCUGGACACCGAGAAUGUCCUGCGGAAGAACGGAGAUCCAGGCAGUUUGUUCGGCUUCUCUCUCGCCAUGCACUGGCAGCUUGCUCCGGUGGAUAAGAAAAUGCUGCUGGUUGGUGCCCCGAGAGCAAAAGCCCUGAAUCGCCAAAAAUCUAAAGUGACAGGAGGACUGUACAACUGUGACAUGACCUCCACCUCAGCUAGUUGCCCCAGAGUUAACUUUGACAACAGCGAGGAUUUAAACACAGAGAGCAAAGAGAACCAGUGGAUGGGAGUGUCGGUCAACAGUCAGGGGCCAGGAGGAAAGAUUGUGACCUGUGCCCAUCGCUACCAGCGGCGGAACAAUGUGGGCAAACCCCUCGAGUCCCGCGAUAUUAUCGGCCGUUGCGUCGUGAUGAGUCAGUCCUUGACUAUCGACCCCUCAUUGGGCGAGGAGGGAGAAAAGUGGCAUUUCUGCGAUCAAAGGAACAGAGGCCACGAGUUGUUCGGCUCUUGCCAGCAGGGCCUCUCUGCCACAUUCGACAAUGACUACCACUACCUCAUCUUUGGGGCUCCUGGAGCCUACAACUGGAAAGGUUUGGUACGCUUGGAACAAAACAACGAAACCCUCAUAGAAAUGGGCAUCUAUGAAGACGGUCCUUUUGAGGUGGGAGAUGAGAGCAAAAAGAACCCUAACCUGGUCCCCGCUCCUCCCAACAGCUAUCUGGGCUUCUCUCUGGACUCGGGGAAUAGUCUGACCAAUAAGGGCCAGCUGACGGUGGUGGCCGGAGCUCCCAGAGCCAACCACAGUGGAGCGGUGGUGCUGCUGAAGAAAGGCGAGCAAACAAGCAAAAUCAUGCUAGAGGAGUACACCCUGGAAGGGGAAGGGCUGGCCUCGUCUUUCGGCUACGAUCUGACUGUGAUGGAUCUCAAUGGGGACGGCUGGCAGGACAUAGUGGUGGGAGCACCGCAGUACUUUGAGAAGGACGGGGUAAUCGGAGGAGCUGUCUACGUCUACGUCAACGAUGAGGGAAAGUGGAACAACAUCAGGCCCACCAGAAUAACCGGACCUCCGGACUCCAUGUUUGGCCUGGCUGUGGAAAACCUGGGAGACAUCAAUCAGGACGGUUUCCAGGAUUUUGCAGUGGGAGCUCCUCAUUCGGACGAUGGUGCGGGGAAAGUUUACAUCUACCAUGGAGCAGCCACGGGUCUCAGCUCUGAAAAAGCUGCACAGGUUCUGUCCGGCAAGCCUUUAGGAGCGAAGCAGUUUGGCUACUCUUUGGCGGGAAACAUGGACUUGGAUAAGAACUCCUACCCUGACCUGGCCGUGGGAUCCCUCUCUGACUCCGUCUUUGUCUACAGAGCCCGUCCAGUUGUUAACAUCAAGAAGGAAAUCAAGUUCUCACCGGAGGAAAUCGACCUCACCAAAAAGAACUGUGGAAACAAAUUCUGUUUGGACGUUGAUGUAUGCUUCACCUUCACUGCCAACCCCGAGAACUACUCUCCCAGACUGACGGUGUCAUACUCCCUCGAGGCGGACGCUGCCCAGAGGAAGAUCGGUCUCAUCCCCAGGGUGGCCAUCUCCGAGCCCUCGGAGGGUACCUACAAGUCCAGCGGGACAGUCACCUUGGACAGCAAAGGAAAGAAACAGUGCAUUAAGCGUCAGCUCGUCAUACAGGAUAAUAUUCGUGACAAGCUGCGUGGGAUCCCCGUCGAUGUGUCCGUGAGCAUCUUGGACAGAAGCCGUAAACGCAGACAGAGCUCAACUCCUCAACUGUCCCCGGUCCUGGACGCCAACAAGCCAGCCAUAACUCGAUCAGUGGUGAAUUUUCUGAAGGAAGGAUGUGGCAGCGACAAUGUUUGUCAAAGCAAAUUGCAGAUGACAUAUCGCUACGGCUACAUGACAAAGGACAGCGACACCUUCACUCCGUUACAUCUGGAGGACGGCCUGCCGGUGAUCUCGCUCAGCGACCAGAAGAAGAUCUCCUUGGAGGUCAUGGUGUCCAAUCUGAAGGGAGAUGAUGCGCACGAAGCCUCGCUGAAGGCCACCCUCCCGCACUCCCUCACUUACUCUACUUCCCAAACUCUACCUGGUGAGAGGCCGGUAACAUGUGUAGCCAACAAAGCCGGCUCGCAGGCUGAUUGUGAGCUUGGGAACCCCUUCAGACGUGACGCUGAGACGACCUUCUACAUCAUACUUGAUACAUCGCGCAUCUCUCCCAACUCUACUGAACUGGAGAUAGAUCUGCAGCUAAACACGACAAGCUCCCAGGAGAAAAUGGCCUCUGUCAAAGCAAGAGCAAAGGUGGUUAUCGUGUUGCAUCUGUCUCUGUCAGGACAUGCCAAUCCGUCUCAGGUCUACUUCACAGGAGUGGACAAAAGUGACACGGCCAUGAAGACUGACAGCGACAUCGGCAGUGCCAUCACACACCAGUUUAGAAUAAUCAAUCUGGGAAAGAGUUUGAAAGACUUGGGCAAAGCCACCCUUGAAAUCAACUGGCCAAAAGAGACAACGAAUGGGAAGUGGCUGCUCUACCUGACGCGUAUCAGCUUCACUGGGUUGGACCAGGUGGAGUGCUCUCCUAAAAAUGAGAUCAACCCUCUUAACAAGGAAAUAAGCAACACCAGGAGGAAAAGGACAGCAGAAACCCCCCAGGAAAUUGACAAGGGGACUUUGUCACGUUUUCUUGACCCGAAGAAUUCGAAGUCUGAAACUCUGUCCUGUGGCAAAGGGGCCAAAUGUGUGACGAUAUCGUGCGACCUACAGGGCCUGGACAGUAAUGGAGUCAUCACUCUCAGCUCUCGCCUCUUCAACAGCACCUUCAUAACGGAUUAUUCCAAGUUCCAUCACAUGGAGGUGACAGUGAAGGCCUCUCUGCAUGUCAACAGCAAAGCAAAGAACAUAAUGCUGGAAAAUGCUGACACACAGGUGAAAAUGACGGUGUACCCAGAGAGGCGUGAAGCCCAGUACGGAGGAGUGCCGUGGUGGAUCAUCGUGCUGUCCAUCCUGUUUGGGCUGCUGCUGUUGGCCCUGUUGGCUUUCCUUCUGUGGAAGUGUGGCUUUUUUAAGCGUGCCAAAUAUGAAGAAAAGGUUCCCAGUUACAAGGCUGUUUGGAUAAAACGGGAGGAGAGAGCAAUAAACCCCAGUAACGGGAAGCGGCAAAACCUGGAAAAGAAGCCCUGGAUGACUACCUGGCAUGACAAAGAACAUUAUUCUUAACAGAUUCCCUGUCCCAGA